AUGGAUAUGAAUACAUCUUCUAGGGAUUUACUAACCCUGGUACCAUUAGGUUUAUCUGCUACACACAUUUAUCCAGCGUUUGUAUUUGGCACUCUUACCUAUCUUAUUAUUGUCUUUUGUAACUUGUUGGUAAUAACAACUAUUGCUUUGAGCAAAAAAAAGCUGCACAAGCCCAUGUUCAUCCUGCUGUUCAACUUGCCUAUUAGUGACAUUGUGGGUGCCACAGCUUUGUUCCCGCAGCUUCUUUCCAGCAUGGUGACACAGAACAGGCAGAUUUCUCACCCUGCAUGUGUUAUUCAGGCAUUGUUGAUUCAUGUUUAUGGCACAGGAAACUUGUUGAUCUUGAGUGCUAUGGCAUAUGACAGAUAUAUUGCUAUAUGUUGUCCUUUGAGGUAUAAUGCAAUAAUGACCCCACAAAACUUAGUUAAAAUUAUUAUUUUCAUAUGGUUGCUUAAUAUAUCACUAAUAGGCACGUUGAUUAUUCUGGUUGCUCGGAUUCAAAUUUGCAGGACAGACAUAGUGGAUUUGUACUGUAAUAAUCCAUCAUUAAUGAAACUGGUUUGUGAGGACACCAGGCUGAAUAACUACUAUGGAUUGGCAACUAUAGUUGUGCUUAUGGGCGGACCACUGUUAGUUAUAGCAUACACAUAUGCACAGAUCUUGCGCACAUGUGUCAUGAAUAACAACACAGAUGCUCGGAGAAAAGCCCUCCAAACAUGUGGCACACAUUUAGUUGUUUUCUUGAUUUUACAGGUUAAUACUACAUUUACACUCAUUGCUCAUCGCAUUGAAAGUGCAUCCCCACAAAUGAGAAGAGUUCUUGGUAUGUCCAUUUUAAUAUUUCCCCCUUUAUUGGACCCAAUUAUAUAUGGACUGAAAAUAACAGAACUAAGGCAGAACAUACAAAUGUUCCUGAAAAGAAAUGUUUGUUCAACCAAAUUGUAA